AUGGCAUGCAAGACAAUUUUUGGAAACUUUGAGUCGAAUCUGUGUUCUAGUUCUAAUAGAACUAGUUUAACGUGUUUGGCACAUUCUUGUUUGCAUACAUUAUACAUUAAAUUAUCUUCAUGUGAAACGUGUUUUCAGAACGGCGAAGACAAACUCGAGGUAAAACCGUCUCCCAAUGAAGUUCUACAGCAAGCGGGAAAUAAGGUGGUUGAUGACAAAUCUCCUUUACCAUCUGCAUCUCCCAUUUGCGAUGCAAAUAAUACUGUGCUUGCCAGCGCUACAAAUGUUGUCGGAGCCAAACAUGAAAUUGAAAAAACGUCUUCCGAUGCAAACUUACAACUAGAGAGAGAAGAGUCAGAGGAGAAAUGUCAAAAACCGGUCGACAAAGAUUGCGAAGAUGAUUAUGAAGAUGAUUUUGAGAGUGAUACUGACGAAUCAAGCAAAUCAUCUAGUGCGUCGGCAAGCGAUGAUGACCUCUCGACAGUUCCAAAGGAUGUUGAAAUUACGAAUUUGGCGAAAUAUACCAAGCCAGCCAAUGAUGUUCCUGGCAAGUCCUGUCUUGCUCCUGUACCUUCCAGUGGCCGAGCCAACGAGAAGAAAAAGACAGUUAGUUUCAGAGACACUCUGGAAGACGUUCGUUACUAUAAAAUAGACGAUUGCCCUUCAAAAGCAGGAAAAGGUUAUUUCAUGAGUCCUUUUCAUAUGCAAGAGCUAUAACCAGAAAAACAAGGACGAGGAUUUGAAAUGCAGUAUUGAAUUUUAUGAAAAUUGUAUAAAUAUA